UCGAGGAGCGGAAACAAUAGAGAUAGAUCAGGUGUGGACUAUGGACUGUGGACUGGGGCACUCGUCAAAGAAAUCCAUAAGGAAUCGCUUUCAAAUGGCUGUGAUGAAAGGAAUAUUAGUAAUGGUGCAGGUGAUGGCUUGUGUGGGGUUGCAGUCGGAAUACUAUCAAACGAGCUGUCCCAAUGUGCAGACAAUCGUCAGAGACGCCGUUCGGGUGGCAUUUCAGUCUGACAACACCGUCGCUGCAGCGCUUCUUCGGCUGCAUUUUCAUGAUUGUUUCGUCCGGGGCUGCGAUGGAUCAGUUCUGAUCGAUUCGAGCGGAAGAAUUAAGGCGGAAAAAGACGGCCCGCCAAAUUUGUCUCUGCACGCUUUCUUUGUAAUCGACAAUGCUAAAGCGAAAUUGGAGUCUGCGUGUCCUGCUACCGUUUCCUGCGCUGACAUCCUCGCCUUGACUGCUAGAGACGCUAUUAUCUUGGCAGGAGGCCCGGAUUGGGAAGUUCCUUUGGGGCGAAAGGAUGGGAAAGUAUCGAGGGCCAAAGACACCACAGCCUUGCCUGCGCCGACCUUCAACAUUUCACAGCUUCUUCAGAGUUUUUCUCAAAGAGGACUCUCAGCGCAUGAUCUCGUAGCACUUGCAGGGGGUCAUACUUUAGGCUUCUCUCAUUGCUCUUCGUUUCGCAAUAGAAUUCACAACUUUAGCAACACACAGGAGGUAGAUCCGAGUUUGCACCCAACCUUUGCUGAGACAUUGAGGAAGGCAUGCCCGGUUGGAAACACGCAAAAGAACGCAGGAGCGUUAUUGGAUUCCACUGCAACUCGGUUUGACAACCAAUAUUACAAGAACGUGGUGGCGGGGAAGGGGCUGUUCUCUUCUGAUGCUGCGCUCUAUACUGAUGGCGGAACAAAGCAGUUGGCUCACCAGUAUGCCGCCAGUCGCCUUCUUUUCUACCGUGACUUCGUCAAAUCCAUGGUAAAGAUGAGUAGCAUCCCCGGACAAGGAUCAGAGGAAGUGAGGCUCAACUGCCGAAAGUUCAAUUAAAUAUGCAGAUUUGAACUUUUGCAUAGAAUUGAACUAGUUAUUCGUAGCUUAAAUAUAACUUAGUCUUUCUUAGUCAAAAUCUGAUUACAGUUAUGUAUGUACUAUGAAUCUAUUUAAUAACUAGCAAUGUUUAGAAAA